CGCUUCCCCCGGGUUGCAGCCAAGUCGCGCUGAACCUACAUCCCUUCUCCAGCACCAGUGAAAAAUCAAAAAAUUCUAGGGUUUUGCUUUUCUUCUUCAAUGGCGUUGGCAGGGCGUCUUCGACCUAAUUUCGCUCUCUUCCAAAGGAUCCUGAGAACCGAAUCCGUUUUCUCGCAGAGAUCUGGCACUCAAAGGAGCUCCGCCAGCCCUAAUUUCACAACUACCGAGAGUUUGAGGAAUUAUGCAACUGCACCUGGUUCAAAGGAAGGAAAAGUGAAGGUACCUCUGGCUUUGUUUGGAGUGUCUGGGAACUAUGCCUCUGCACUAUUUCUUGCAUCAUCGAAAGCUAAUGUGUUGGACAAAGUCGAAUCUGAGCUUCUUGACCUUGUUGAGGCUGCCAAGAAAAGUAUUGUGUUUUCACAGUUCAUAAAGGACUUGUCAGUGCCUGCAGAGACCAGAGUAAAGGCCAUGCAGGAGAUUUUUUCUGAAGCUGGAUUUUCAGAUAUCACAAAGAAUUUUUUGGCUGUUCUGGCUGAGAAUGGGAGGCUGAGACACAUUGAGAGUAUCACCAAGAGUUUUCUUGAGUUGACCAGGGCACAUAAGGGAGAGGUGAAAGCUAUUGUGACGUCUGUCAUUCCACUCCCCCCAGAUGAAGAAAAACAGCUGAAGGAUACAUUGCAGGAUAUUAUUGGACAUGGGAAGACGGUGAAGCUUGAACAGAAGAUUGAUCAAAGCAUUCUGGGGGGAUUGGUGAUUGAGUUUGGGCAAAAGCUCUUUGAUAUGUCGAUCAGGACAAGAGCAAGGCAGAUGGAGAAGUUCCUGAGGGACCCUGUCAACUUCGAGAGCUUCUAGAAGCUUCUGGCCAUGUUUGCAUCAGCCUGUUGAAAGACCCUGCUCUCAUAAUUUCCUUCUACUUUAAUUGCCAUUGAUGUUGGACUGGGUUUUUUCCUUAACGGGUGGGUCUUUUCCCUUUCCUUUUUUGUGGGGUGUUGUGGGUCUCCAUCCACCUCUAAAAUAAAAGCUAGAAAUGCAAGGAGGGACGCUCCUUUCUGUCACCUUUAUCUUUUCUUGAAGUCUGUUUUUAUUUUA